AUGGAUGUCAGGGCGGUUUUGGAGAACACCUUCUCUCCCGAUGCAACAAUCCGUGGUGGUGCUGAGGAACAGCUCAGGCAAGCCCGUGAGGGAAAUUUUUCCGAAUACCUGUCUAUCCUCUCGAGAGAACUCGCCAACGAUCAGGCUAGUCCUGCCGUCCGACAAGCCGCCGGUCUCGCCCUGAAGAACGCCUUCUCCUACCGUGACGUGACCAGAUUAAGAGAGGUCCAGGCAAGAUGGUUGCAAGGAGUCGACCCUCAGAUCAAGGCUCAGGUCAAGGAACUGGCUGUCAAGACUCUCACGUCUACGCCUCAAGCCGCCAACUCGGCGGCUCAACUAAUUGCGACCAUUGCCGCAAUUGAACUCCCACGUAACGAGUGGCCUGAUUUGUUGCCUGCCCUCGUCCACAAUGUUGGCGCUGGUGAUGACAAACUCAAGCAAUCCAGUCUCACCACCAUCGGCUUCAUUUGCGAGUCGGACGAUGUCGAACUCAGAGAGUCUCUGGUUGGAUAUUCUAACGCAAUUUUGACUGCCGUUGUUCAAGGUGCGCGGAAAGAGGAAGAGAACCAGGAUGUCCGACUUUCGGCCUUGUCUGCGCUCAGCGAUGCCACCGAGUUCAUCCGCAGCAAUUUUGAGAACGAGGGCGAGAGGAACUACAUCAUGCAAGUCGUGUGCGAGGCUACACAAUCCCCUGACACCCGCGUUCAGGCCGCUGCCUUUGGUUGUCUGAACCGAAUCAUGGGCAUCUACUACGACAAGAUGAGAUUCUACAUGGAAAAGGCCUUGUUCGGGCUGACCAUCGCGGGUAUGAAGAACGAUGAAGAGGAUGUGGCUAAAUUGGCCAUCGAAUUCUGGUGCACCGUCUGCGAGGAGGAAAUUAGCAUCGAGGAUGACAACCAACAAGCACAACAAGAAGGAUCGACCGAACUGCGACCGUACUUCAACUUCGCCAGAGUUGCUGCGCGUGAGGUUGUCCCGGUUCUCCUCCAAUUGAUGACCAAAGUGUCCGAAGAUGAUGCCGAUGACGAAUACAACGUCGCUCGCGCCGCUUAUCAAUGUCUCCAACUCUAUGCACAGACGAUAGGAGGUGACUUGGUUCCAGUUGUCCUUCAAUUCGUCGAGGCGAAUCUACGCAGCGACGACUGGACCAAACGAGAUGCCGCAGUAUCAUCGUUUGGAGCGAUGAUGGACGGCCCUGACAUUAAGACCCUUGAUCCUCUGGUCAAGCAAGCUCUUCCUGUCUUGAUCGGAAUGAUGCAAGACCCAGUCGUCCAAGUGCAGGAUUCUGCAGCAUUUGCCCUGAGCAGGAUCUGCGAUUAUUGCUCCGACUGCAUCGACCCGUCCACACACUUGCAACCUCUUAUGUCCGCCCUUUUCUCUGGCCUUAUGAGCAAUCCCAAGAUUGCCGCGUCCUGCUGCUUGGCUCUCCUCAAUUUGACGGAGCGGUUUGUCGGCGAGGACGGUGCAUCGUCAAACCAAUUGACGCCGCAUUUCCAAGACAGUGUUACCUCUCUGCUUACCGUUACGGAGAAAGAAGGAGGCAACAAUCAACUUCGCACGGCUGCAUAUGAAGUGCUUGGUGGCUUUGUGACAAAUGCCGCUCAUGACAGCUUGCAAAUUGUCGCAGAACUCUCCACCGUCAUCAUUCAGCGUCUAGAGAGCACGAUCCCCAUGCAGAAACAGAUUGUCAGUAUUGAUGAUAAGAUCACUCUAGAGGAAUUGCAAGUCAGCCUUAGCAGCGUUCUGCUUGCCAUUGUUCAGAGACUUGAACAGAAUAUCGGGCUCCAGGCCGAUCGGAUCAUGCAGAUUAAUUUGGAGCUUCUCAACGUCACUGGUAACACGAGCGUUCCCGAAGUCAUUUUCCAAAUUGUCAGCGGAUUGGCGAAUGCAUUGGCAGGCGACUUUCUCAAGUACAUGGACUCGUUCGCUCCCUAUCUCUACAAUGCUCUGGGCAAUCAGGAUGCUCCCGACAUGUGCUCCUUAGCUAUUGGACUUGUCAGCGACAUUGUUCGUGCGCUGGAGGACAAGGCACGGCCAUACUGCGAUACAUUUAUGAAUUACCUGCUCAACGAUCUUAGGUCCGACAAGCUCUCCAACUCACUGAAACCGCCCAUCUUGGAGACCUUUGGUGAUAUCGCCACUAGCAUUGGUGUACAUUUUGAAACCUACGUCACUGUGGUCGCCGGCGUCCUCCAGCAAGCAAACAAUGUGUCCGUCGCGAACGAUGUCUCGUUCGAUAUGCUUGACUACAUUGUGUCUCUCCGAUCCGGUAUUGCCGAUGCAUGGUCUGGUUUGAUCCUGGCUUUCAAGGGCACCGAGAAAGCGCCCCUCCUCCAGAACUACGUGCAACCUAUCUUCGAAUUUUUACAGACCGUUUCUCAGGAUAUGAAUCAUAACGAGGGUCUACUCAGAGCGUGCAUGGGUAUUAUCGCUGACCUCAGCGAGACCUUCCCAGACGGAUCACUUUCAGAUUACUAUCGACAAGAUUGGGUCACCAAGAUCAUCAAGGAAACUCGGACCGCUCGAGAUUUCUCGCCCCGGACCAUCAACGCAGCACGCUGGGCAAGAGAACAAGUCAAACGACAGACUCAACAUCAAGGUACCAUCAUGAAUGCCUCAUGA